GAGGCAAGAGAAACAGCUGCUGCAGGGUAAAGGCCUUAGGCCAAGUGCUAUAAAAUGGGGUUAGUAAAUGAUAAAAUCACCAAAGGAAAAGUGUUGAAAAGGCAAGGGUUCAGCUAGAUUAUCAAACUAAUGUGAUAAGAUCAAUUAAUGUGAUCAAUUAAUCGUAGGGUUACAGUUAAUCUACAUUAUCAGAAUAAUAUUCUAAAAUAAUCAAUUAAUUUAAAUUUUAUUUCAGUUUGUAACAGACAUAAGGAAUUAAUGUCCAGGCUUUCUGGAUUCUUCAUGCUUGAUUAAGUUUCUGCUGUGUUUUCAAGGAACAUGUAAAGUGUUUGAAUGACUUGGCUCUUUUUACAUUACAUUACAUUACAUUUAGCAGACACUUCUUAACCAAAGUUGACCAAACUCUUGAAACCCUACUUUGCACAGUCAUGCUUAAAGUGAAACAAUAACAAGAGGCUCCCUAGUGACGCAAAGAGCUGUCAUCCAUGUAAAAAUAACCCUAUGUCUUUUGUUUCUUGAUGUUGCCCUGAGAUACCAGCUAGAGGAAAGUGGAUCGGUUUCACCACGCACCCUCCACUGCCACCCCACGUUACCAGGACAACAGAGGUGGAAUCCCCAGAGGUCCUGCCGUCAGGGGCUUUUGCUAUCCAGCACGUUACGAACGAUCUCGGACGUGCUAAACUCGGUCUUAUUUGAGGAUUCCUGAAAUUUGGGCUUGUGAGAGAGGGAAUAUUUUUGUCCAUUCUGCCACUGUGUCGCAGUUGUUCCUGAACGGUGUUUCAGGGGGCAGGGCCAACAGGUGCACUUUCAGGUAAGGCCGGUUCCCAGAUGCACUGCACAAAGCUGACCAGCGCCCUCCUCUUCCGCUUACCUGGUGUCCUGUUCGCCGUCUCUUAAAUUGGAACAGCUUUCGGCAUCACCAGUUCCUCUUUCCAGCACCACACCGGUUGUACAUUAAGAGCACAAAGCAGAGAAAACAGACAUGACACAAAGGCUGGACUUGGUUUUGGCUCUGUGUCUGAUUCUUCAGAGCUUCUGUGGGGUUUCACUUCAGGAUCCCUCAGAGUUUGAAGGUGGACUUAAUGACGACUAUUUGGAUGAAUACAUUACUCAGGUCCCCGUAGUUGGUUUGAAUGACGUGGGAGAGGCAGAGAAUGAUCGCCCUGGUGAAGGUGGCUUGGCCCUUGGAUCUAUGAUGUACAGUGGCGUGGAGGACUCCCAGACGAACGUCUCCGUCCCAACCCUGAGUGGGAUUGAAGGAGAGGAGCCCUCAGCCUCCUCAGACAUCAUCGUGACCCUUUCACCAAUGCUCCGGUCAGAUGACUCUCUUGAUGUCACCGUGGAGGAGGACGCAUCUGUGGAUUUGCCCAGUACCACACCAGAACCAGAAAUGGGAUUUAAUCCCAGUAUGUUCAGAGAUGGCAAUUCAUCGUCAGUGAGUAAUGAGACAAGUGAUGCCAAUGCCACACCAGAACCAGUAAUGGGAUUUAAUGCCAGUAUGUGGAGAGAAGGCGAUUCAUUGCCAGAGACAAACAGCACAGUCAGCACUGGUACUGACGCUAACAGCACAGCCAUCACUGGUACUGACACUAACAGCACAGACAUCACUGGUACAGACACUAACAGCACAGACGUCAUCAAUCCAUCAUCAGGGACCAACAGCUCAAAUGCCAACCCAGGACCCACUAACCCCCCUGGGGUAAAUGUCACCAUGGGCGGCCUAAAUCCUGCUACUGAAAAUCCAGCAGAAAACACGCCUGAGCCAACAGCAGAAAAUAUUCCAGCGUCUACAGCAGAGAAAAUUCCCGAACCUACGGCAGAAUAUAUUCCCGCAACUACGGCAGAGAGUAUUCCUGAACCUACACCAGAAGUCAUUCCAGACGACACAGCUCCUCCAAGUGGAAAUGACACAGCUUUGGCUAAAGCUGCAGCCGGGGCCAAUGCUGAACAAGGUGUGGACUCAGGAACUCAGAGCACAAACAAUGGAAGAGCAUGGGGUGUGAUCCUGGGCCUCGCAGUGACUGUGGGAAUCGUGGGUCUGGUCAUGUACGUCUUACUGAAAAGAAAAGAGCGUCUGAACUUCUCACACAGUAAACUGGUUGAGGAAGCACCUGCAGAUCCAGUUCUCAGAUUGGACAACGGUGAGCCACUGGACUUGAAAUAUGAUGGGUUUGGAUACUAUAAUCCUUCCCUCCAAGGAGAUGACAUUCAAAUGUCUAACUUCCCAUCUGGCCGUCCACGCUGAUGUCUUCUGUCCUGUGCCAUCUCGCCCGAGCUCUGACUUUUGUUGUUUGCACCUCCACCACCAGAUGAAAUUCCAUCUGAAACAGCACAUGAAGAUUACUGUACAAAUUAUGUAGAUAAAAUUGCCAAAUAGCCUCACAUUAAAUAUUCUAUACUUUUCUAUAAUGAGCUGCUGUAUUAUGAACCUGUUCCGUUGAUUUUCAUCCUUAUUUAGCUUACUUAGUGUAUGUUUCUUUUACAGAAGGAUAUGUGAAGGGUAGACUACUAUAUAAAGAGAAAUCCUAGGUGUAUAGUAAUUGAAAUGUUCUAUUUUUAAUAUAUAUUUAGUAUUUAAAAAUAUAAAGUGAUUAUAUAUAAAUAAUUUUAAAGUUUAAAGUUUAAAACUUAUUAUUGAAAUAAAAUGAAUGAUGACUGUCUACCACUUCA